UGUGUGAGAGCCACCCAGAAUCACCCUUUGUCUCAGGAAAGAAGAGGUCACCUCCAUUGUCCACCAUGACCUGGUCUCCACUCCUCCUCCUUCUCUUAGUCCUCACUUACUCCUCAGAUUCUGUGGCACAAUAUGUGCUUUCUCAACCACCAUCAGCCUCUGUAUCCCUGGGGCGAACUGCAGAACUCACCUGCUCAGGAGAAAAGUUUGAUAAGUAUUAUGUUCACUGGUACCAGCAAAAAGCAAAUGGUGCCCCUCAACUAGUUAUAUACAAGGAUAGUCAAAGACCUGAAGGGAUUUCUGACCGAUUUUCCGGCAGCAACUCCGGCUCCAUAGCCACAUUAACCAUCACUGCUGCACGGGCAGAAGAUGAGGCUGAUUAUUACUGCCAGGUGUGGGAUAGCGAUAGCAGCACGGCUAUCUUCGGCGGCGGGACCCACCUGGAAGUCACAACCGCUGGGCAACCAGCAGUGCCUCCGAAAGUGCAUCUCUUCCCUCCAUCGUCUGAGGAGUUAACGAGCAAGAGGAAAGGCACCUUGGUCUGCCUGAUUGACGACUUCAUUCCAGGCGCCAUUGACGUCACCUGGUUGGCUGAUGGGAGCCCGAUCACGAGUAACGUCGAGACCACCCGGCCGACCAAACGCAACGACAAGUACGUGGCCAGCAGUUACCUGUCUCUGACUGCUGCCGAGUACGAGAAGAAGAGUGAAUAUACCUGUAAGGUGACCCAUGACGGAAAGUCCUACCAGAAGAGCGUGCAGAGGGAGGCCUGUUCUGCUUAACCCUUUCGUGCCCACAGGGUUGUGCUGAAUCCUGAGCUCCUUUGCCUCAGGAAGAAACCUAGACAUGCCCCAUGCAGUUACCUCCCCUCCCCGCUGCCCCCUCCCCAUUUUCCCCUCUGUACUCCCAGUAAUUUACAAGAAGUCCCCUUCCCCCUUAGCUUCUUAGACACCUGUGUUGGUAGGAUGAAUAAAACCAAAAAAAUAUGCCAUUUUGCUGCCUCUGUAUAGAUUUCCUUUGGUGAUGAUGAAAAAGAAAUAUCAUUGUUAAUGUCAUCUUGCAGUAAAUAAAACAGACAAAGCUCUGCC